AUGAACCACCCAUACCGUGGGGUGGGUGAGGACUGCUCAUUCAAUCCGGAGCCAGGCGAGAGCGCUGGUGGUCUUCCGAACGAGUUCCGUGGAGCUUACCAACAACAGUAUGAAUGUGCUAAGCAUGACUGGGGCGACAACGCUGAUGAUGGUAGUGGUGUUUAUCGAGCAGGCUUUGUCGCACACGGAGCUGACCACCGUGACGGCCAAGAACAUCUUGGAAAUCGAGGUCGUCCACACCCAAACUUUCUGGUGUAUCUAGGGGAUCAUCAAGUAGAGCGACGCGAUCAUGUGCGACAAUCCAUUCCGAACCAUAUCUAUGAGCCCGAAGUCGAUACCGGAAACGCCGCUUCGAAUCACGGUAGACGUCAGCAGAGAGUCGAAAGUAACGGCGGCGGUACGCAAAUCGAUCAUCCUGGAAUGCCGUUGUACUCGAACAACACUCGUGAGGCUGCGGCGACACCUGACAACAAUCCUGCUAUUGACACAGUCGGCAACCAGGCGUGGGACAGUGAACGACUUCAGUACCCGAUACCACUCCCAUCUGAGCAUGCUACUGCCCAUGGGUUGAUGCCCAGUGAAGUCCAUCUUGAUACCAUACUGGCCAACCAAGGAGUCAGCCCGGGAAUUGAGCCAUAUUCUGAGUGGCCUUUGGAUUUCUCAAUCGAUUCCAAUCCCGGAUGGUAUGAUGACGAUGCUCCUGCACCUAGAGGACAGCCUGAAUACAACGAAGAGGUUCCAUGGUCUUCAGUCAACCUUCAUAACCAGCACCCCAGAUUACCAACCGAGCAGCUGGAACAGGUGGCGAAUAUGGCUGAGGCGUAUCAAACUCGUCAUGCUAGUCAUAAUAGCGGCGAUACCUUCGACUUGGUUGCUUCGAAUGCGGACCCAGCUGGUGAUAAGCAGGAACCUCACUGGAGCAUGAUUAACACAGCCACUAGGCACUCUGCUCCUCUGACAUCCGGCAACUUGUCGAAUCCAAUGGGGUAUGCAUCCGGUCCAUUCAACCAGGAACAGGGACAGGACACACUGGCGGUACCCAGCAAUCAAGUAGUCGGACAACAAGAUGGUCGAUCGCAGUGUUACCUGCUACAGACUAUGAUCCAGGAUACAGCUAGUCAAACGUAA